GCUCAGAUAGCGACAGUCGCAGCGGAAGUGCCGCUGCCGCGGAGGAAGAGAUUGAGCCUCCAGGCAGUGCCACGGUGCCGGCCAGCAAUACGACCGGCUCCCAUGCAGCGCAGCGACGAGAGGCCGAGGGAAGCACCCGUGGCCGCUUCUCCCCCGCGAGCACCUUCUGUUCCCCCGCCGAGACGAACGGCCGAGGUAUCCAGGGGUGGUUGCCAGCGGUCGCGGUCGCUGGAAGCCGGACGCGAGGUCCCGGCUGCAUCGCCCGGCUCUCGCGCGCAGGAGGCGGUCGCGCCGCGGCCACUUUCCAAAGUCCCUACCAUCAACGUGCCGCCCAUGGUGACCAUGGUGCAGCAAUCUCAGCCAACCCCAGCACAGAACACACCGUCUUCGAUGUCAAGAUCUCACACGUGCCAAAGCCCAUUGUCACGGUCGAGAGCAUGUGGCAUCGGCAGGUGCCUCGGGGGCAGCCCAACACCGAGCCCCAAGUCCAAGUCGUCGAGCUCAGGGCAUGUCCGCUCCACCUUUCCUUUUGCUUCGUCGACGCCCAGGGUUGGCUGGCCCACGCAGAGCCAGGUGUACUCGACGCCUUUGUACCACAUGCCGCAGCAGCCACGCCCCUUCGCGCUGACCCCGCACAAGCCUGCUGUUGCACAAAGCUUCGUGCGUGGAGCACCGAAUGGAGGACUGACAGCAAGCGCGCAGCCGCCUCUGUUUCAAGCUCAAGGUGGUCCUGGGCAGCGGCGUACUUCGCCAGGUACUGCCGAGGCACAGUUGGAUAUCUGGCCUGA